AGACAGCAACCAGUAGACUCCUGGCAGACGACGUACAACAACAUCCACAAGACAGUCGUGCCAAACACUGGCCAGUGGCUUCUAUAUGAUUCCAUCUUUCAGUCAUGGGGAGGCGACUCGAGCUCAUCAAGUGUUGAGGGAACGGAAAGUACUGGUAAGAGCUAUCUGGCCUCCUCGAUAAUACGAUAUCUACGAAAGAAUCUGCUUAGGCGGUAUCAGAGGUCUAGACAUCUGGUGGCCUUUGAUUUUCUCGACCGCGGGACAAUCGACCAUGGAUUCGAUGUUGUUAAAUCUCUCAUCUGGCAGUUUGCAGACAGUUAUGAACCGUAUAUGAAGUCGGCAGUGCGCACCUGUCAAGGACCCUUGACCCGGAGGAGAUUCUGCCACUGCUGCUGCUCGACAACAAAUGAGCCAUUUUAAUACCACGUUUUAUAUUUUCAUUGAUGAGUUGGGAGUUACUAUCGACGAUUCGCUGCUUAAGCUCGUACAGCGAGCUUCGAAGCCCAACAACAAGGCUAUUCGCAUCUUUCUUACUGGCACCUCAAUAGCUUUUGGACAACGCAAAGGAAGCGGCGGGGAUCUCCGGGAGUUCCCCAUUAAUCCAAAGAAUCAACUAGGUGCGGUCCGCAAGAGAAAUCGAAGAACUCAACACGGUUACUAUCUGGAUCACCUUUGCCAAUGAAAGCGUCACGGCAGAUCAAGUUUCUGCCGUGUUGUACCUGCAGCGUGGAGAGGUGCCGUUGUGGCCGCUGAAUGAACGGUUUCGAACCAAGUAUCUCCUGUUUGAAGUGGAUAGCGAUGGGUUCAUCUACUACAGAUCAUUCGAAGCUUUGAGGGUUAUUCCAAUCAACGACAGGGUACAACUAACCAACAAGAAAGAGAGGUCAUUCAGCCGGGAGAGAUCGAGAUUAUUCAGCAUUUUCUAAGCACUGUCUGUCCCCCUACAAAGUACAAAAAACUUGAGUUGGAACAGGACCUCCAGCAAAAGGUCCCCUAAAGCGAGAUCGAAUCCAGCAGGAGAACAAGGGCACAGCCCACAUCCGAUUGGCACUGGACUGUCUUCGUGAGUUGACCAACUAGGGUCAGAUUGAAUUAUUUGCGGAAGGCAUCGAGGCUGAAGAAGCCUGACGCUGCGCUAUAUUACGUAUUUACGUUGGUUUUCGAGUUAACUAUCACUUUUUUUGCUCAUGCCAUAAGAUGAUUGUUGGGAUUGGC